CUCACCGAACCUCCACCGAGAUUUUCGACCCCGUAAAAAAAAGUUUAGAACUUCUUAUCGUAAAACCUCCAUCCAUCACAACCAACACAUAUAGUCACAAUGCCUUCAGUCGGCAAUCCCAACGGCCCCUCCAAGAACCGCCUCGCAGCGCGCGCUUCAAAAGCCCGCAAGGAGCGACGCAAGCGAUCCGAAGCACCCAAGGAUAAGGUCGCAAAGGCCGAUACUACACGAGGCGCAAGGCCGGGUCUUUUGCCUACGAGUGGACCUAGGGCGAAGGUGAGCGCUAAAAAGGCGCGCAAGAUGGAGAAGAGAAUGGCGCAUGCUAUGAAGAGAAAGAUGGAAGCUGAGGGCGAGGCCGAGAUGAAGGAUGCACCAGAGGUUGAGGGCGAGAAGGCUGAGGAGGUUGAGAUGGGCGAUAUUCAGUGAGAGGCGCUUGGUUGAGAAAAGGGAGACAUAAUGACGAACGAACACAACGAACGAUAUCGAGUUCCGAAGAGAAACUAUUGCGACGACGGCACCGGUUUGCGAAAAGACUCUACCACGAGGCGAACAUCACGGUGAAAAUGGAACGCCAGAACAAAAGACAUUCGUGAGAUCAAGGACUGGACGGGGCUGGAACAUUGUUAUAGACCACAAGGAGGAGUCUGCGCUCCAACUCCCAGACGGCAAAAGGCUCAGGUCGCAAGGGCACAUAUGAGGGGAGAUACCUUAAAUCUUCUUAAGAUUAACUAAAAUGAUGAUAAAUCUUCUAAUUGUGUCUGCCG